CCAUAUGUUCAAAUUUUCAGAAAAUGGCCACUUUGAGCCGAUUUUUCCAAUCUGCAUGCACUAUAGUUUUAGGAUAUGGGAACCAAAUUUCAAGUCAAGAAACUGAGAAAAUACAAAAGAUUAAGAUGAAAAAAGAAGAUGAUUAUGGUGAAAUUUGUGCUUCAUCUUCAUUGUCAGAAGGAAUAUUUCAGAUGCCACUUCAUUAUCCACGUUACAAGAAGGCAGAUUAUGAGAAGAUGGAUGAAUGGAAAUUAGACAUUCUUCUCAAGCAAUAUGGUUUCUUGAAUUUUAAUGGGAGUUUAGAGGAGAAAAGAACAUUUGCUAUGGGUGCAUUUUUAUGGCCGGAUCAACUUUGAAUAUGCCUUUUUUGGUCGGACCAACUCAACCAGCGAUUUCCGACAAGUCUUUCUCUGAAAUAUCGCUUCUUCAAUACUGCUCUAGCUAUCUAUCUAUCAUAUGAAAAAACUAAAAUAAUAUGGUUUGAAUAUGCCUUUCUUGGUCGGACCAACUCAACCAGCGAUUUCCGACAAGUCUUUCUCUGAAAUAUCGCUUCUUCAAUACUGCUCUAGCUAUCUAUCUAUCAUAUGAAAAAACUAAAGUAAUAUGGUUUGAAUAUGCCUUUCUUGGUCGGACCAACUCAGCCAACGAUUUCCGACAAGUCUUUCUCUAAAAUAUCGCUUCUUCACUUCUCUAGCUAUUUAUCUGUCAUAUGUAAAAACUAAUGUGCAUGUGAACUUCUACGAGCAGAACUCCUUUUUUUUUCUCUUUUAACUAUUAUUGGAUUGAAAAAAUAUGGCAUCGUAGAUUAUAAGGAGAAUCAUCGGAUGGGAAGAAAUUAAGUUACUUUUGUA